UGCCCAGCGCAGCGGCGGCCUCCGUGCGGUGGGAUGGCGGCGGUGGCGGCGCCGUGUUCCGCAGGGUGUCGGUGGUCUGGGGCCGUCCUGCUGCGGCUGCUGACCCUGCUGCUGCUGGCGGGCGCGGUGGGUGCCGGGCAGCGUUCCAAAUGGCGGCUGCCGGUGCUUACGGGGAAGAAGUUUAACUUUGGGAAGAUUCUCUUCAGCAACACCACCAUUUUCCUGAGAUUUGAAGGGGAUGAAAAAGCUUGUGAUCCCUCUCAGAGUUACAAUGUUACUUGGUACCUAAGAUAUUCUGAUUGCUACAACGAAGUCUUCAACUUUGGGGAUGAACAAGCAGAUUACUAUUUUGGGACUACGUUUGAAGAGCAUCCGGGUUGGUCAGGAUACUAUGCCACAGAAUCUCUCCUCUUUCCUAAUUGCUCUGAGCUCUUCAGGCCUCAGAUUUUCUAUAGAGAAUUUGUUCACCCAGAGCCUCUCUCACCUGAAAAACAAGAGAGUGUAAAAGAGAAGAAGGAGAGUGGAGGAAAUCGCACAAUGGUGGCAGAUAAAAUUGCAAUGAAUGCUGUUAUCAGAACCUGGAGAGAUGGGCCUUACAUAUUUAUUGUGCAAAUUGGAAUUACAACUGCGAAGAAUUCUCCUACCAAUGUUAAAAGAAUAGAGAAAACACCACCUUCCUCAGAUCAAAAUAAACCCUUUACAAUGACAGUAGAACUGAAGGGGCCAUAUGAGUAUCUCUCACUUGCAGACUAUCCUCUGAUGAUUUUUUUCAUGGUGAUGUGCAUUGUGUAUGUGUUCUUCGGAGUUCUGUGGCUUGCAUGGUCAGCCUGUUACUGGAGGGAUCUCCUGAGGAUUCAGUUCUGGAUUGGUGCUGUUAUCUUCCUGGGAAUGCUGGAGAAAGCAGUUUUCUAUGCAGAAUUCCAGAAUAUCCGCUACACGGGGGAAUCUGUUCAAGGAGCAGUAAUCCUGGCAGAACUGCUUUCUGCUGUGAAACGUUCAUUGGCUCGAACUCUGGUCAUCAUAGUCAGCCUGGGAUAUGGGAUAGUCAAGCCUCGCCUUGGAGUUACUCUUCACAAAGUAGUUAUGGCUGGAGCCCUUUACCUGUUAUUUUCUGGCAUGGAAGGUGUUCUUAGAGUCACAGGGGCCCAGAAUGAUCUUGCCUCCUUGGCUUUUAUACCCCUGGCUUUCCUAGACACUGCCCUGUGCUGGUGGAUAUUCAUCAGCUUAACUCAAACAAUGAAACUGCUCAAGCUUCGAAGGAACGUUGUGAAACUCUCUUUGUAUCGGCAUUUCACCAACACACUCAUCUUGGCAGUAGCAGCAUCUAUUGUAUUUAUCAUCUGGACCACCAUGAAGUUCAGGCUGGUGGACUGUCAGUCGGACUGGCAGGAGCUAUGGGUGGAUGAUGCCAUCUGGCGUUUAUUGUUCUCAAUGAUCCUUUUUGUCAUCAUGAUCCUGUGGAGACCAUCUGCUAACAACCAAAGGUUUGCUUUCUCACCACUGUCUGAAGAGGAAGAGGAUGAUGAGCAGAAAGAGCCAAUGUUAAAGGAAAGCUUUGAGGGAAUGAAAAUGAGAAGUACAAAGCAAGAACCAAAUGGGAAUGUAAAAGCAAACAAAGCUCAGGAGGAUGACUUGAAGUGGGUAGAGGAGAAUGUUCCUUCGUCAGUGACAGAUGUUGCUCUUCCAGCUCUCCUGGAUUCAGAUGAGGAAAGAAUGAUAACACACUUUGAAAGGUCCAAAAUGGAAUGAAGGAGUAGCUUUUUGCUAUUGGAAGUGGAGAUGCCUCUUUUAAAGUUGCUAUGUGGAGCAAGUGCAUCCUGCUGAUUUGUUUCUUGAUCUCAGCCUUGGAAGUUUGAUGCUUUCUUGUCAGGAGGGCGUCUCGAUGUGGAGGAAGUUCAUGAGGACAUUAUAAACCUUUUGGAAAUUUGAAUUUACAAAGUUGCUGCAAGUUUGGAUUUCUAAGCAAUUUAAAUGUGUAUUAUUCCAGCACCUUCUGUAACUUUUCAAAUAUUUAAUCUGUGAAACUAAAAUUCCUAAUGUCUGCUUGAGGAGUUUGUAUUUCAACGUUGCAAUUGAUACUUGGAGGUCAACUGCCUGUACCUUUCUGGAGGGAGGGUGGGGACAGAUAGAAAUAAGCACUGAAGAAACCAGAGACCCAUUUUUUUGGUAGAUAGUGGCUUUCUGCUGUUGUAUUUCAUGUGUCCAGUGUGAACUGGGAGGUUUUUAGAGGGAAGCUCUCGCUAAUGACGGAAGUGGAGACGCCAGAAAGGAAAUAUUUGGAAAAGUUACAGUGAUGGGAGUUUUUAACAAAGUCAAGUGCAAUUUUAUUCAUAACACUGUGUAAGAAAGAUUUUCUAUUUUAAAUGCCAUUGACCUAUAGGUGACAGUUGCACAGAGGGAACACCUCCUGCUGGGGCACAUCUCAUUGCCGGCGAUGCGGUGGCUGCCUGGAUUUGCCCCUACCUUCCAUGUGCUGCAUGAGUUAAUUUAAAAAAUAACAACAAACAAAUCCAAACCCACUUCUGCAGUUCUUCACCAGUGCUUGGCUACUCAUGUUAAGCAGGUUUUAGCUAGACAUUUCAGCAGAACUCUUCUCCCUGCACGUGUAACAUCUCCCACCCAGAGGUCAGCACUUUUCUGAGAAGAUGGUGUUUCUAAAGGGUGCAAGCACCACUUACCUUACUUGAAAGAGGCCUUGAUGGGAGUACAGAGUGCUGGGGUAGUUCUGUUCCCAGAGUCUGUUUAGAAUUGCCUCCCAGUUGCCUUCCUUCAAGUGAUUUGAUGAUGGACUUUCUUGUCCCAAUUGGUCCCUGUGGCCAAGAGAUACUCUGAUAACUGUGUUUCAGUCCAAGUCACAGAUUUCUGUUCUAUAUAAUUGCUUUUUGUUUCUCCUUUUCAAAUGAAGAAGAGCUUUUGGACAGUGUUCUGUUUCUAUUUGAUGCUUGGCUGUAGAGGCUUCACUUGCAAUAACUUUUGUGUGGAAACCCACUGUGGACUGUAUGACAAAAGCUCUAGGCUGUGUUCAGAACCUUUACAACUGAUAAUUCUAGGCAAGAAGCAGCAUAGCCCUGGACUUCUGGGGAACUGAUGUUGCUGCUGCUGGAAUGGCAGAGGGAGUCAGUUUUUCUCAUUCUUACUCAUAGCUACGUGUCAGCAGAAGUCAACAUGUGCCUGUACUUCAUUAAUUCCACUGUAAGGUCUGGUAGCUUAGUUCUGUUUUAUCUUUAUCAGCAAUUUAUGCUGAAACGUGGCACUUUACAGUAGAAGUAGCUGAGGCACAAGUGCAUAGUAUCUUCUGUUAGCUGGGCCAUGGGGGCAGCAAACCCUCAGUGGAUGGGCAGAGAAAAUAAACUGUGGCCAAAACACAUCAGUCUGGAAGAGUUGCUGGAGCUCUUCUGCUGCCCUCUCUAGGCCACAGGUAGAAUCUUUAAUUAGAAAACACGUUUAAUUUGCUAUGCUUAAUUGGUAUAAAUCAUAUGAAACAAACAUUACCUUCGUGUCCUUUUGGGGAGAGGAAAUUUUGUGAAAUAAAGCUACAAGAAACUUGCUAUUUAA